GUGCUCAUCCUCCUUGAGAAAUCCAAUGAUAAGACUUCUUUACUCUGUUGACUAAGCUAAUUAAGUUUAAAAAAAAAAUACUCUACGUUUCAUAAUCAAAGCAACACUGUGAUAAAUUUCAAUUAAACUUAAAGCAUGCUUCCUCAAAUCACCGUCAUCUCAAUCUAACUGCAAAAUUUCUCAUAUAAUCAAUAUUUUAUACAAUCAGCAGCAGUUUUGCUUCAAAGUCAUUUAAGGUCUACAAGUUGUUUUCAGUGUGUGUGUGUGUGUGUGUGUGUGUGUGUGUGUGUGUGUGUGUGUGUGUGUGUGUGUGUGUGUGUGUGUGGACUGUGAAUAGGUGAGCAUGCUCAGACUAAUUUCAAUCCCUUUUGUAAAUGGCUGAUUAUCACAAUCUGUAGCUUAAGUUCAGGGAACGCAGCAGUGCUAAGUCCUUCAGAGUGAGCGAAAGACGAGGGGAAAGAGUCGGCAUGGCCCAGAAAACUAACUUUCAGUUCUCCAUCAGAGAAUAUAGACCCUCUGAUGAACAUGUGGUCAUGUCUCUCCUUCGAGAUGGGAUAUUUGAACAUGUAUACCCGGCUUUCUUCAAAGCGAUGAGCCAUCCAGACCAUGUUGGCGUUGCUCUGAGCAUUUCAAUGGCUGGUUAUGUGCUGGGAGGCAGCUCCUACUUCCAAGCUUUACUCUUUGGCAGCGUAUGGGCUGGCCUCAUUUAUUACUGCUGCCACGAGAUCUACGAAGGCUACAUGACGAGGAGGCUGAGCGCAGACAUGGCCAACAUUCAAGCCAACUACCUGGAAAACCCAGAUAACGGUUUCUGGGUGGCAGAGGCAGAUGUCAACGGCCACUCCAAGGUGGUGGGGAUGGUGGCAGUGAUGGGGAAAAGUGGAGGGGAGGAAGGCGAGAGGUUUGACGACUGUAACGGAGGUGUGAUGGGAGGGGCCUCAGGGUUUUCCCAAGAUGCCGGAGAUGGGUGUUAUGGCGAGAUGUCCCACAUGGUUGUGGCGUUUCCAUUUCGCCGCAAAAACCUGGGUUCACAGCUGAUGAGGAAGGCCCUUGAUUUCUGCAAAGAGCGAGGACACGCCCAUCUCGUCGUGGACGUCAGCUCGCCGCAGGCAGCAGCCAUCUCCCUGUAUGAAAAAUUUGGUUUUGUCCAAACUGGGUCCAACAGUAACACACACGCUAACCUCUGGUUCUCCAGACUGGCCAGAAUAAAUGUGAUGCGAAUGGAGAAGUUCAUUUAAUGCAAAAUGGACUUUAGACUUCAGCACCUGAUACAACCUCAACUGUACAGCACAUUAAGAGUAUUUCAGUUAAUUUAUGCUUCCUGUCCCAUUUAAUGCAGAAAUCUUUCUUGUUGUGUGAUAUUUAGUCGCUCAUGUCUCCAGCGCGCUAUCAUGGUAGUCUGAAAAAAAAAGCAUUAAAUUUCAUGUUUUUUCCACAAAGCAG